AAGAAUCUCAAGACGACAGUCACCAAAACGCGACACAUCAGCAGUUUCUGUCCUUUUUCUUCUUGAACUGAAAGUUUAGGUUGUACUUUUGGUUCUGUAAGUGAGUUUCACGGCUAGAAGACAUAUUACAAACAUAUAAAACGAUGAAGAAAAUACAAAUGCACGAGUGGGAAAAUGGCGUCUUUGCAGGUGUAUGAUUCUAUUUGUCUGGCAACAUCAAAUAAAGCACUCCCAGUUCAGUGGAUUUGGCCUGAAGUGCUGCUCCACCGAAGGCUUUAUUUAAAUUCUGUUUGCUCAUUGUUCUGUGAUAGUGAAGCACCACGCACACACGCACGCACGCACACACGCACGCACGCACGCACAUUCAAGAAGUUCAGCAAAGCUUGCCUGAGUAAGCAGAAAAAGGGAAAAGGAGGUACAAGGCUCUGUCUGAGUUUCAAAGGUAUUUGAACAAUAGUUUUUUUACACGGUGUUUAACUGGAACACGCUGAAGCUUUAUAGGAGAAACUACCGUGACCGGUCCGGUUGAAGGUAACUGAGCGUUCUCUAGUAAAAGCCUGGGAAGCACAUGUCCGUGUUAUAAGCUAUAAGGCCGCCCAGGAAUCUGUUAAGUGAACAGAGGGGCUGGACACGCCCCACCCUUCCUAUUUGUAUCCAUUGUUCCGGUUCAAUCCUCGUGUGCAUGCAACACUUUUGUCUCCUCACCUUCCAUCCUCUCUUCCUUCAGGCCAUAAGCAACAAAGACCAGCACAGCAUCUCUUACACUCUGUCUCGAGCCCAGACGGUGGUGGUGGAGUACACCCAGGACAGCAAUACAGACAUGUUCCAGAUCGGUCGGUCGACGGAGAGUCCCAUAGACUUCGUGGUGACGGACACGGUGGCCGGCAGCCAGAGCAACGCGGACACCCAGUCGGUCCAGAGCACCAUCUCCCGCUUCGCCUGCCGCAUCAUGUGCCAGCGCACGCCGCCUUACACCGCGCGCAUCUACGCCGCGGGCUUCGACUCCUCCAAGAACAUCUUCCUCGGGGAGAAGGCCGCUAAGUGGAAGACGUGCGACGCUCAGAUGGACGGGCUGACCACCAACGGCGUGCUGGUGAUGCACCCUCGAACCGGCUUCACCCAGGACUCCAAACCCGGCGUCUGGAGGGAGAUCUCCGUCUGCGGCAACGUCUUCACCCUGAGGGAGACUCGAUCGGCACAGCAGCGGGGGAAGAUGGUGAGGAAAAACAUUCCACAUUCACUGGACAUGGGCUUUUCUACAUGAUGAUGAUGAGGAUGAUGAUGAUGAUGAUGAUGAAGGGAUAGCAAGCUGACAGCCUGCAGGAACUGAUUUAUUUGGCCACUUGGCAGCAGAAACGAGUUGUAAACACCACAUUGACGCACAUUAAGUCCAAUAUUAUCUCCGUGGUCUCCACCAACGCCUGAGUGAAGUCUCUUCAACUGCUAAAUGCUCCGCUACGUUCACCGGCUAGUUGAUAUCUGUGUCCGUCUGCUGUCUGAUGCUGAGCAGGUGGUGUAAUGUGGGCUGCUGCCGAAAAACACCGUCAUGAGAGCGGUGAGAGUGAACCAAAACAAUGAAACUCGCCGUAAAGCUGGGAACUGCAGAUGAAAUGCACAUCAUCACAUUGUUAUUAUAUAUGAAUAUUGAUUAUAGCUGCUUUAAAAAACGAACAAAACAAAAGAGUCCUUCUAAAAAAACAAUGUGACGGGCUUAUAAACAAAAAAAAGCUUUUUUGUUUCUGAGCCAGGAGGAUCAUGUGUGUCGCUUGCAUCUGUGUGUGUUUGGGUGAGUGAGUGAGUGAGUGAGUGAGUGUGCUUCUCUGUGUCUGUCCACGGCUAAUCUCACAUUCUGCUGCAGCAAACUGUGUAAAGUUUUGUGUUUUCAAGUUACGGCUGUGUGCUCAAGGACCUUCUCAUGGUUGCGGUUAUUCACACUUUUCUGAAAACAUCUUUUAUUGCCUGUUUUGUUCUGCCAUAACCCGACUGCUGACUCCUCACUUUCUACUCCUAACGAUACUUCAGUGGUCGUUACAGACACACCUGGCCAAGUCAAGAGUUCUAGUUCUUUCUGUCUUUGUCCUUCCUUCUUUUGGUUUUUCUGUCUUUGUCUUUCUUUCUGUCCUUCUUUCUUUUAGUCGUUAUGGUUGGGGCUUAACACCACCACCAGGUUAUCGAGAUGCUGUCUCCACAUCAACAGGUCCGUCCGUCCUACCUGUGUGUGUAACAGGAUCUUAUAACGAGAUCCUCCAGCUGACGUCGGAGCCUCUCAGCCAAUCGGAGCGCUCCCUCGUCAGCGUAGUCCUCCUCUGUUAUUUAAGUGACUGGAUUUAGUUUGUUGGUGUCUUUGAUGAGGAUGUUUCUCCUUUUUAUUCAGUCACCCACAACACACACACACACACACACACACACCCACAUCAUCAACCACAACAACCGCAGAGUCAGCAGUUCUGACGUCAACGCGUCUCUUUAUCUGGCGUCCCACCUGUUUUCUUUAAAGUGUCUCCAGCGCAGCACAGAUGAACAGCUCUCUUAUCUCCACCUGCCCUUUACCGUGCAGAGCGUUAACUGUGUGUGCGUUCUCCACCGCCGUAGAAACCCGCUCAUUAUUUCACAGUCGAUUGGCAAUUUAGAUCGUCGGCAAAGCACCAGUUUUCAUUAUGCACGGUGACGGAACAUGAUGGGGUUUUAUUGGACACCGGAGUGGGGAACCACUCAGGAGACUCUUUUUGUCUUGUGUGUGGUGAUGCUGUCACAGAGAUGCAUCUUUCACACAUUUUAGAAGGAUUAUGUUUCUAUUACUCAGAACAAAGACAAACUAUAAACUGAAAUGAUCUGCUUCGGCUGACAUAUCUGUGUGUCAGGUGGCCUUUGAGAAGAAAUCUGAAAGCAAACAGGAGACAUUUAUAGUUCAUUAAAAUUAUCUACAUAGAUGGACACUGUUUCCAUACAGCCAAUCAAAUGGCUCCAUUUUAAUCAGUAUUUGCAUAAAGCAGCAUCGUCAGCUUUCUUCAGGCAGACGAUCACAGCGGCUACUCAAGACUAAACAAAACCACAUUAGUGUGCUGCUUAAGUUCUUGCUCCUUAUCGAACUUUCGAAUCACACGUCUUGAUCUGGAUCUGAGCUUCUUCAACGAGCCACCAAACAAACAACAUCAAACCGAUGUAAAGCAGCAUUUCUCCUAUUUUCCACCUUUUCUCUCUCUUUUUUUUUACGUGCAUGAAAAACACAUUGACGUUGAAAAAUGAAGGACCAAAUGUGAUUUAAGUUUGACUUUAACAUCGUGCAAUACUUUUAGACUUUCAGCUCUUUUUAAUCUCUUUAAUGGAGAGUGUUGCUCUCUAAACGGGAUGACUGUCCCGCUUACUGGAGGUUAACAGCUGAAGGACUUUCUGAUUGAAUGGGUGGAAUAAAAAAAGUCAUCUCAGCAUGUUUGCCAAAAAUCUAUCUGAGCUGUGUGUGUGUGUGUGUGUGUGUGUGUGUGUGUGUGUGUGUGUGUGUGUGUGUGUGUGUGUGUGUGUGUGUGUGUGUGUGUGUGUGUGUGUGUGUGUUAAUAGUGUGCUGUUCCCUUGUUUGUAAUCUUGCCUGUCCUUAGAUUGUUUAAAUAAAAAACAUCCUUCAUCAGAGAAACACAACAUCUACUGAGAGGAACAAGUUAGGCUGAAAAUAAUGUUAAUAAUUAGUCUGUUUGGAGGAUGUUUCUAUUUGUUCUAAAGCCAUAAACAUGAGGAGAUGUUUUAGUCGUGACUGUGAGGAGGGCAGCUGCAUGUCCUUCUGCAGUUGGACACAAGGUUGAAUCCGGCUUAAUUAAGAGUAUCUUACAGUGCAGUUCUCUCUCACACACACACACACACACACACACACACACACACACACACACAGCGGUUUCCAGUGAGCCUGUUGUGAAGUGUAAUAAAUGAGUAGCGUGUCGGAGCUCCUGCUGUGUUUAAUGAAAGCUUUUGUGCUGAUAAAUGAUUCACUCCGUGUAAAUUAAAUUAUAACCGUGUCGAGGUUUGGAGGCCGUGCGGAUGUCUACAUGGAUCGAGUCAUUAGACUGAAGUGUGCUCAUUUAUUUAUCAUUUAACAUGUUUUUCUCUUCGUGUGAAAUUCAGAACAUAUCUAUUGCCUCCUCACGGCUCUCAUCAUGGCGAUAAUAAUUUGAUACUAAUAUUAUGAAUUGUUAAGGCACUAACUUUUCUACGAUACCGUCGGUUCCGCGGGUCAAAGCUAGAGACUAAUUUACCUGAUAAUUCUACAUUUGCAACAACAAACUGUUGAAAUCGUCAGAAAGAGAGCUCGUUAAUGUUAGCGGUUAGCGGUUAGCAGCAGGUGGGCAGCACAGUCCUGCUCAGCUAACAGCUAACAGCUAACAUAUGGAGGUGGAAUGGGGUUACAUUAUGAUGCGUUCAAGCUCCAUUCAGAAAACAUUAAUGCAAAUGGGAAUAAAUGUUGAAGUACAUGGGAUUUAUUGUUUUGUUUUUUGACAAUCGUUGAAUUUCUCUGGCGUUGGUAUCGUCUGCUGGAGGAAGAGACGUGUGAUCCUAAAGUUUCUGUUUUGAAAUCCACUGAACAGCUGGUGGAAUAAAACAACAACAGUUUCUCCUCCAGAGAGACGCUGAACUCUGACCCCUUCCAGUUGAGCAGCUUGUCGGCCAACAAGCUUCAACUGGGCCGAUGUGAAUGUGCGUGUCAGUGUGUGUUACUGGUCAAUGUGUGUGUGUUACUGCAUCAGUGUGUGUGUUACUACGUCAGUGUGUGUGUGUGUUACACAAACCUCACCGGGACAGACCGAAGGUUAAAUAACCGUCAUCAGUCGCCACAGAAAUGUGUUUUCCUCGAGCAACAACGUGACCUCACCGUUAAUCUGAGUGAUGUCACCACAAACCCCGAGAGCUGCUCCUCCCCUCCUCCCCUCUUCCGAGUAUCUCUCUCUCUCAUUUUGUUUUUAAAUAGUUUGUCGUCAUCGUCUCAUUUUAGCCGAAGCGAAUGUUUCAUCCAGAUUGUCGUUUUCUAAAUGUUCCAGCAGCAACUCUUUGUUUCCUCCUGUGGUCUGAUGUCAUGCCUGCGUUACGCUGCCACCUGCUGCUCUCAGACAGACACUACAACAUGUCAGUACCUCCAUUCUCUAAACUGGUUAUCCCUCUCUGUGAUGAGGGGGGGCUGGAGACUCUCCCAGCAUGCAUUGGGAGAGAGAGGUGUGGUGGGACAGGUCGCUGGAAUCAGUUCAAUAUAAGUCAAACAAAAUGAGGAAUAAUUGAGAAAAUCUUUAAAGAAAUUUAAAAUCACCAGCUUUUAUCUCCUAAUGAGUGUUUUUACAUAAACACAUUAUAAAGAUGUCACUCUCUAAACUUUCGAUGCAUUUUUCUUUAUCUUCUGGACUUUUAAUAAACUAAAAGAUUUAUUAAAAUAAUAAUCAGCAGAUGAAUCAUCUGUUAAUCUAAAUCUUUGGUUGCAUCGUUAAGAUUCACUCUAAUAGAUGAGCUCACAUUUGUAAUAUUUUGAGAGACGUAACGCUGGAAUAAACUCAUAAAGUGAAAACUCAGUGUUUGUAUUGUGUUUAUUUUUAGCUGAGCCAGCGGGCAGUGAUGUCAGAGAUGGUCGGUCUACAUGUCAACGUGUAUUACUGAAGCUGUAACUGUAACAUGUACCUUCAUGUUCUCCACAACAUGAACUGUCAUCAGUGUGCUCAGUGUGCAGUUAAUGCUUCAUCAUUCAGAGUUUUAAUGCAGAAACUCAACAUUUCUGACAAUGUUCAGCACAAUAAAAGUAAGAAACACACACGUUUAAACUUUCCAACCAAAGGCUCCUGGUGGAGCAGAAAGCGAAAUAUUAAAGUUAAACUGACUCUAACAUGAUGUAACAGAUGAAUGAAUUAGGAAAAGGCUGCUUGGAUGAAUGACCUCAUCUGGUCUUGUUUGGUAUUUCCUGAUCUGAGAGUCAGACCU